AUGAGAUUAUCUAAUCACCUGGAGGCUGUCACAGGACAGAGACAUGGAAGGCCUCCUGGCUGGAUCAGGGAGUUCUGGAGUCCAUUUCGGAUCUGGGUACUUGGGAAGCCAUUUCGGGGCAGCCUUCAAGACUGUGAUGUCAGUCCCCACCUCUACGGCUGGAGUCCUACUUAUAUUUUGACUUCACAGACACAGUCUUUACAGAUUGGACAAUGCAACUCCCCUGGGAGUGGACCCUAUGGUACAGACCUAGAAGAAGCUUCAGCUGUCUUCAUCUCUGCUUCCGGGAGUUUUGAUGAGAGUGCACUGAGACAAUGUUCGUUUACUGUUAGUAGCCCAGUUCUGGCCGCUCAUACCUUCUGGUCUUCCAGCCGAGGUGGUAGAGACCUUGCACCAACCAAGAUCUCCCUCAACAAGGUAAGUGUAUGCCCUGAAGAGGAAGUUAUUCACCUCAUGGUGCAGAGUUUAAAAAGUAGGAUCAAUCGUAACACAGAUUCUUCUAAUAAUGUCUUGACUGUCCUGGUUGAGCAGAGAAACACAGAGCAGGAGAAAGCAGCCCGUGUCGAGCUCUUCACUGAUCUGAUCCGCUCCAUUGAGAGACUUCAGACCGAACUACUGGAGAUGAUAGAGGAGCAGCAGAAAGCAGCAGAGAAACAAGAGCGAGAUCUGAUUGAAGAGCUGGAACAGGAGAUCUCUGAGCUAAAGAUGAGAAACAUUGAGCUGGAGCAGCUCUCACACACUAAAGAUCACCUCCACCUCCUACAGAUCUACUCAUUCCUGAGCAUUUCCAGAAACACCAGGAACUAUCCUGAGAUCAGUGUGAAGACUCAUGAGAGUCUGGAGACUCUGAGGAGAGCUCUGACUCAACUGAAGAACACUAUAGACGAGAAACUCUCACAAACUGUCUCUUCAGAGCUGAAGUGGAUGCAGCAGUAUGCAGUGGAUGUGACUCUGGAUCCUGAUACAGCUCAUCCUGAUCUCAUUCUGUCUGAUGAUGGAAAACAAGUGAGAGAUGGAGACUUUACACAGAAACUCCCAGACAAACCUGAGAGAUUUGAUAUAUGUGUAAAUGUCCUGGGAAAGGAGGGAUUCUCCUCGGGGAGAUUUGAAGUGCAGGUAAAAGAAAAGACUGAAUGGAUUUUAGGAGUGGCCAGAGAAUCCAUUCACAGGAAGGGACAGAUCAAACUGAGUCCCAGAGAUGGAUACUGGACUUUGAUUCUGAGGAAUGGAGAUGAAUAUAAAGCCUGUGAGGAUUGUCGUGUCUCUCUGUCUCUGAGAGUGAAGCCACAGCGGGUUGGUGUGUUUGUGGAUUAUGACGAGGGUCUGGUCUCCUUUUAUGAUGAGUCCAGCUCUCAUAUCUACUCUUUCACCGAUCAGUCUUUCACUGAAAAACUCUAUCCAUUAUUUAGCCCAUCCUUAAACUAUGGAGGUAAAAACUCAAAUCCACUGAUCAUCACACCUGUCAGUUAUAAUAAAUGAAUUUCUCUUGAUAUGAAAUACAAGAUUAUAGUUAUGAUUUUUAUAAAUUGUUAUGUGCUGCUCUUUUUUUUUCAAUUUUUGAAAAUGCAAUAAUUUGAUAUUUUAAUAUAUAAUAUGCACAUUAUUAAUGUAAUGAUGCAAAUGUUUAUUAUAUUUUUCAUAAAACAUUAUAUUUUUCAUAAAACAUGCCAUUUUAUUCCUCCAUCUCAAUGUGACAAAGUGAAAUUUCCUGUAAAAACAGUAAUACCCUGUCAAAAAGCUGAAAAAAGACGAAGUAGAUGAACACCCCAAAGCUUGACAGUCAUUUUACCUCUUCAUUGGUCAACAUUUCAUUCCACAUUUUUGAAGCUGCUUUACGUCUGAUGAUUGUGUUAGAUUACACGUGGAAGCAUCUAUUGAGAUUAUCUAAGAUUAUCUAUCUAAGAUUCUUCUUCACUUGGUUAUUUUUUUAUUUAUUUUAAUUCUUAUUUAUUUUAAAAAACCCUCUAACGUAAAACAGAUUCUAGGAGCACAGUAUAACUUCUAUAUACUUAGACUUAUAAAUAGAUUAAUUGUUUAUUACUGAUUUCAUUAGUUUUAUAGUCACAGAUUAUACUAAAUGUAGUGGAAAUGUAAAUAAAUGAUACAAAAAAAGUAUGCUAAACAAAUAUUAAUCCAUUAAGAGUUAUAUACUGAGCACUGAAAUAUCACUAAAAUCUCUCGAAUAAUUCCAGUCUCUGUUGUUCAGUCGUAUGUUAGUUUGAAUUAUAACCUGA